GUGGGGAUGGCUCUCAGGCGAACCAGAAGCAAAACAGACGGACGCGACAACUAAAGUUUAAUACGUUUUAGCUGGCUUUUGAAACUUUUAGUACGAUUUUCGUCGUCACCGGGGUUAUCACGCGCUUUCGGACACAUUCCGGCGUCCUCUCGCGCGCUCGUGUCGGCCGGUUGAUAGUGAACGCUGAAGAGAACCAAACCGAGUGAAAAUCGAAAUUUUUUAGGUGUAACAGUUCAGCACGUCAUCCAAUCGAUAUCUUAUCUACACAAAUGCGGCGGAACAAUCAGCUCUGGGUGGUAACGACGGUGGUGCUGUUGGUCGCCGCACACGCUGUCGAGGCGAUUCGGGUAGAUUGGAACACGAACACCGGACCGAUAGUGCCCCCGACCAGCACACCCGCCCCGGUGCCACAGCCACCGUUCCGCGAUCCGGCCCCGGUGUGGGAAGACCAAUCGGAUGACAUCCCGAACCCGAACGUCUACAGAUACAUUCUGCCGCCACCAUCGCGACCCAAGUACAAUGACAUCACGCUGGAGCAGCGCAAGCAGCAGCACCAGCAACAAUCUGCUCAGGCACCCCAACCGAGCUCGACCAUCGCACCGACCACGACCGUAGCGAGCAAGAUUAUUGACAAGCCACAGCAGCAGCCAGCGAACACGAACAACAACCAGCCACAGCCUCAGCAGCAACACGUUGUCCCGAGUCUGGCGGUUCAGUACGUGCCGAACAAGGGCCUCAAGUACUACGCCGUCGUGCCGCGGCACACGGAAGUGACGUACCCAGGUGCCCAGCCCAAGCCCAGCCUGCUGGCCACCAACGAUCUGUACGCCGAUCAGCAGCACCAGCAGCAGCCGCGCAGCAAGUACGAUAAGUACGAUAAGCUCAAUGGAAAGUACAACCCGAAGCUGAAGAAGUACAAGGCCUACGAGAAGGUUAAGUACAUGCCGUACAUUGUGUACUACGACCCGACGAAGCAGCAGUUCUUCUACACGAGCGCGAGCAUGAUGAUGGCAAACAAUAAUGCGUGAUCUUGUGCGUAAGAUCGGUCAACCCCACUGUGAACACUGUGUUUCUUUCAAAGUGUGCCCG